AUGAUUGCACAUUAUGUGGCAGUGUUGGCGUUAGUUGCUGUCACGUUACCGGCAAGUUGUGUCGCGAAUAACACAAUGACGAAGAAUCUGAAAGUUUUGGUUUCGUCCAACGAUUUUCCCGCCAGCGGGCUCAAGGUUUUGGAGGAACAUUUCACAGUUGUCCAGACGAAAUACCUCAACUUUGGAGAGGAAGGCAGGACCCUGGCUAAGGAAGACCUCCUGAAACUCAUCCCAGGAAGUUCAGCUCUAGUAUGGCUUUCACACCAUCCGAUCUCCAAAGAACUAUUGGACAGAGCUGGUCCCCAACUGAAGCUGGUCGCGACAGUCUCGGCUGGAUACAACCACUGCAACUUAGAUGAGCUCAAAGCGAGAGGCAUUAAGUUAUCCAACACCCCUAAUGUCCUGGCGUCAGCUGUCGCAGAGAUCGCUGUGGGUCUCAUGCUGGGAGCAGCCAGGAGAUUCACUGAGAACUUGGAUCAAGUUCACAAGGGAGAUUGGGAGAUAGGUUUCGACAAAGUCCUCGGUCAGGACAUCCGCGGUAGCACCGUGGGCAUCAUCGGUUUGGGAGGUAUCGGUCAGGCUGUGGUCAAGCGUCUCGCUGGAUUUGAAGUCAGCAAGUUUGUUUACACCGGCCACAGGGAGAAACCUGAAGCCAAGGCUUUGGGCGCAGAAUUCGUAACUCAGGACCAAUUGCUGGCCCAAAGUGACUUCAUAGUACUAGCGGUGCCACUGACAAAUGAGACCAAACAUAUGAUCAACAAGGAUACCCUCGGGAAAAUGAAGAGCAAUGCCAUCGUCAUCAAUGUAGGGCGUGGAGACCUGGUUGAUCAAGAAGCCUUGUAUGACGCGCUGAAGAACAAGCAGAUCUACGCUGCUGGACUUGACGUCACCACACCCGAACCUCUGCCGAAAGAUCACAAGCUACUCACACUGCCCAACUUGUUCGUUCUCCCACACAUCGGCAGCGCAACAGUGCGUACUCGCAGUGACAUGGCGGUACUGGCCGCUAACAACGUAGUCAACGCUCUGACUGGCAAACCUCUCCUUACUCCUGUCAAUCUAUGA